AAAGACAAAAAGAGGAAGAAGACAGUCCUGUUUUCAAGCAUUGAAACCCUAGGUCAAUCGACCGUCAGGUCACUCUCCGAAGUUGCUUCUGCGUUAUGGUUAAUGCUAUCAAAGGACUGCUCAUUUCCUGUGACAUACCAAUGGCACAAUUCAUCAUCAACUUAGACAACUCACUGCCCCCAUCACAGAAGUUCAUUAUUCACAUCUUGGAUUCUACUCACCUGUUUGUACAACCCCAUGUGAGUGAAAUGAUAAGAAGAGCCAUCGCAGAGUUCAGAGAUCAAAAUUCGUACGAGAAGCCCCCAUGACGAGCUUUUGUAUACGUUGUCGACAUGUGUAUUACUUAGCCUGUCUUCCAAUUUUGUAUUAGUCCUAAUGUUUGUACGACGCACCCAUUACAAUUCUGUUCAUAUGACCAAGUCCUGGUAGUUAGAAAUGCUGAUAGUUUUUUCGAGUGCUUGUUAUAAUCCUUACAGCCUGGAGCAGUUAUUAGUUCCACUUCUGUGUA